GCAAGUCGAUCUUUUUCAGCCAGUUGUAUUGUACAUUAGGCCGCGGUUUGAGCCAUAACUUGUGGUCACAAACACAGAUCGCGGCAAGUGAGUGAAAAGGAAAAAGCGAACAGUGAAUACAAAAAACGGGUCCCCUCCUGAUGUUGCUACACUGCUCUGUUCCAGGGGGAGUUAGGUGCAAGUGAGAGCGAGAGAGAUAAAGAAAAAUAGUGAACUCUUUUCUAUUCCGAGACAUAACGGGUUUUAAGGAAUUUUCGAAUAUCACUGCUGACCAACCAAGGAAUUGGUCAAGUCAAGUUAAAAUUCAAAUAGUGUCAAUCACACGCGAUCAGGUGCGAUCCAGUAGUUUUGUGAUCCUGUUGGAAGGUGCAAUCUGAUGUAAGCGAUCGAAUAUGUCCGAAAUCGUUUUGAUUUCUCAAAGUGGAUAAGUGUUUGAAAAAAAAAAUAUAUACGCGAGUACGUGUACAUCGCAUCACGGUCCACAGCAGUAUCAUGUCCGCGAGGUGGUUGCUACUAUUUCUUACCACGGCCGCAGCCAUAGCCGCUUACGUGCAUGCCUGGCGUCCAUGUGCCGAGUUGGAUGCUACACUCAAGUUGCCUUGUCGAUGUAAUAUCGAAGCAGUUGGUAACAACAGCCAGUAUGGAUUCAUCGCCGUGGAUUGUGAACGAACUGCCCUGACUAGUGGCAUCCCGGCCAAUUUGCCGAUUAUUUCCUUUUCUCAUCGGAGUAGUGGACUUACAUCGAUCCCAGAUUUAUCGCUGCUGAGUGCUUCUGUUAGGAGGCUAGAUUUUUCCAACAAUGGAAUCCGAUCACUUCCAGACAAGUCUUUCUCCGCGAUCGGGGAAUACGUAACCGAGUUACGUCUGGCCAACAACCUGCUGGGAGAUAAUCUGAACCCGAUCUUCUCAACUUCCGAGCUGCAAACAUUGAAGAAUGUUAAAUUACUCGAUAUGUCAUACAACCAAUUGAUGGCAUUGGAUGAGGGGAUCUUCGUGGGCUGUCGAAAACUGCAAGAAAUCUCAUUGGAUGGAAAUAAACUAUCGGCAGUUCCAGUGAACUCGUUUAAAGAUUUACCCGCGUUGAGGUUGAUCUCUUUGAAGAACAACUUGAUUGAGAAUGUUUCCUCAGAAUCGUUCACUAUGGCAAACAAAUUGGAGCGAAUUGAUCUACGAUUCAACAGAAUUCAUAACUUAAAACCGAAUGCUUUCGCAAGUUUGCUGGUCAUGAAAGAGCUGCUACUGGCAGGAAACUUGAUUAACACGAUUGACGAGAGAGCUUUCAUGGGCGCUGACUCGAUUCAGAAGUUGGAUCUGUCUGAUAACUUGAUCGAAGAAUUCCCCACUGCUGCAUUAAGCUCUAUAGAAUCAUUGAAAGUGUUGAAUCUUUCCUUGAAUAAUAUUGACAAACUGGAAUCGAAACACUUGCAUCAGUUGAAGAAUCUUCAAAUACUGGAUAUUAGUAGAAAUGUGAUUGCCUCCGUCCUACCGGGAACCUUCCGCGAGCAAGCAUUGUUGAAAUAUCUGGAUCUCAGUCUGAACUCCCUGCGGACUAUCGAAGAUGACGCUUUCGAAGGACUGGAUAAUCUUCAGACUUUGAUUUUGCGCGACAACAAUAUUUUCCUUAUUCCUGGAAGUGCCUUAGGAAGACUACCUCGGCUUUCUAAUCUGUACUUGGACUUUAAUCGAGUGGCAGCGCUAUCUUCGAGCAUCCUAAAAUCGAUUCAACCGGAGAACAUUAGAUAUCUGUCAUUGUCAAGAAAUGUGAUCCGAGAGCUACCGGCGGACAGUUUCACUUCGUUCAAAAAAUUGAUUUACUUGGACAUUUCUGGAAACAGUUUAGGAGUUAUCAAUGAAGAUACCUUUGCCGGAUUGGACAAUACCCUGCUUGAGAUCAAAAUGUCAUACAACAAGAUUUCUACAUUCCGGAAGAUAAUUCUUCCUAAACUUCGGCGACUUGAUAUUAGUUCGAACAGUAUUGAUGAUCUCGCCGUUGAUGCUUUUCAUGGAUUAGGAAACCUUCUCUAUUUGAACUUGAGUACAAACGAACACAUUUCUCAGAUAACUAGAACCAUGAUCUAUCCAUUGACAAAACUGCAGGUGAUCGACAUUAGCAAUUGCGGUCUUAAAGUUAUACAAUCCGAUCUCUUCCACAACAACACUGAACUGAGAAUUGUUAUGUUAAGUCAUAAUCAUUUGAAAAUACUUGAAGAGAAUACCUUUAUGACGUUAAACAACCUAUUCAGUGUAGAUCUGUCACAAAACGAAAUCGUAUCAAUCAAGCCCCGAACCUUCAUCAACACAAUUAAUCUCAGAACAUUACAUCUGCGUGGUAACAAAUUGAAAGAAUUCAAAGCAGAUCAUUUUACUAGCGAAACGGCUAUGGAAAUACUCGAUCUGUCCGCAAACGAAAUCAGCACAUUUGCUCCAAAUACGUUCAAAAUUCAUCCACGUCUACGACGUAUCAUUCUUGCCAAAAAUAAAAUUCAACGAUUCACACCCGAGCUGGUUAAUACACUAAACUUCCUGGAGGUGAUCGAUUUAAGCAAUAAUCAGCUGACCAUGAUUGAUCAACUAGAUUUUGCCCGAUUGAUCAAUUUACGGGAGCUGUACUUCGCAAAUAACCAGAUAGAAGUUUUGAGUGAUAUGGCCUUCCACAACUCGACUCAGUUGCAGAUUAUAGAUCUGAGUAAGAAUAAGUUGGAACGAUUGACUGAGCGGGCAUUUGAGGGAAUGAUUAGACUAGAAAAGUUAGAUCUAAGCCACAAUUCACUACAAGAGCUGCCUGAAGGAAUUUUCGAUAAGAUUCGCAUUCAACGAGUUGAAAAUUUGAUAUUAGCCAACAAUAGCUUCCGAUUGAUUCCGUUCACUGCUUUAAAAGAUCAGCAUGACAAUAUUUACACGCUGGACAUGAGCUAUAACCAGCUGAAGGAUAUUUCAACAACGAAUACUUACAUGGUCAUGGUUAACAUUAAGAAUAUAGACUUUUCUUUUAAUCCAUUAUCGGAACAGGCAAUCAAAUUGCUACUAGAGCAACCGAAAACAGCACGUCAGCUGAAUCUCGCACAUACCGGAAUCGAUCGUUUGCCAAUUUUAGAAACACCGUAUCUACAGGUGUUGAAUCUAUCUAUGAAUAAUAUCAGUGUUGUGAAUGAUCGCGUAUUUGAUAAAACAACGUUGUUGGAAGAACUCGAUCUUUCCUCAAACAAAAUCGAAAACAUCGAUGCGUUGAAGCUAGUGUGGCCAAAGUUAGGUCUAUUAAAUCACUUGGAUCUCUCGUUAAAUCCAAUCAAAGCGAUCAUGACACAUGCGUUUGAUUCUCUAGAAGGGCUAAAGACUCUUAAAAUAAGAGAUCUUUCCGAGAUAACACGGUUGGAAAAAAAUGCGUUCAAGCCACUAAACACGCUUUCGACGCUGGAGGCAUUCAACUUUGCCAAGUUGGGUUAUAUCGAUGUGCAGGGCAUUCUACAGGAACUUCCAUCAUUAGCGUCGAUCGAUAUUGAGGUCAAAGACUCAGUUUUGGAAUCUGAUCAGCUCCAAGUCAUCGAUCAUCCGAAAUUAAAUCAUCUGGGAUUAUACGGGAGUAUGUUGCAGAGUAUGUCAUCCGGAAGUUUAGCUGGUCUUCGAAAUAAAAUGCUGAGUGUAAGUUUGAAGAACACAUCAUUGACGUCUUUGCCGCCCGCAUUAUUGCUGCCAUUGCCACGAUCAUCACACAUCGAUUUGGAUAUAUCGGGUUCAAAAAUAACAACUCUCACUCAACCAUUCUUGAGUUCUAUGGACGAUCGAAAAAAUAGUUUGACUAUCGCUGGUUUGAGUGCGAAUCCGAUUCAAUGUGACUGUCAAGCAAGAGCAUUCCGUCGGUGGAUUAUGGCUGCUAAGAUCGUUGAUGUGCGAUGUUCUUCCCCAGAAAACGUACAAGGACGGUUGCUGGUAGAAGUUGGAGAUAACGAGCUAGUAUGUGAUCAAAAGAAACCAACUACGACAACGAGUAGGACAUCCACAAUCACAUUCACAAACUACACAUCAAUAUAUACCCAAGUGAUCACGAAAGCUACGCCGACCACCGAACAGGACAUUAUUUGGAGUGUGGCACCUACUUCGAAAACCAAGGCUAAAACGAAGAUGCCCCCUCGACAACAAAUGCCAAUCACUAAUGACGACACACUGAUCAUAGGAAUCGUAGUAGCAGUGAUCGUAUUCAUCUUCUUAGUGAUACUGAUCAGUUGCAUCUGUCGAGUGCGGUGGAGUAAUGACACCUAUCGUGGCCCACCAAUUGGAUUAUCAACUAUGCAUCCGAAUGGAAUGCAAGUUAACUAUAAAAGUGGAAAAGGUACACCAAUCUAUCCAAUGGUUGCUCCGUAUGGACAAAACUAUGCUACUCUGCCAUACAAACAGAGUUCAUCGCCAGAUGCACAGCCCCGACCUAACUACUCUACGAUUGGUCGAAUUCCAUAUCAGUACCAAAAUCAGCAUGUGAUGGCACCUGGCUCCCAUCACUCUGCAGCUUCUCUACAUUCAGUUCAUUCUGGUCAGAAUCCCUACAUGGCUUAUCAAGAUGACAAAGCCUAUCGAUAGUCUUUAUGCUUUCGCUUUCUUUUCGAGAUUUUCUUUUAGCCUUUAACUUAUUUAUAACUGCUAAGUACAAUGUUCUUUAUUUUAAAUGAAUCUAAUUGUAAAGCAAGUGCGCGAAAGAUAAACUGCCAACCUCUUGUCACUGUAUAAAAUACCUUGCAGCACUUUGUGUGACAUGAAGUCAAAAUAAAUACUGAAUAAAAUGCUCAAAACUAUUUAGUAAGAUGAAAAUCAGUAGGACCUUGUACCGGUGGAAUUUUCUUCAACGGUUAUAGCGGGGUAUAUUGUUAAAUAGCUCUAUUGAAGAAGAACAAUAAAUACUUGUCUCCGCGCGGUGCUGGAAACAAAUAGAAGAUAAACGAUGACACACUGUAAAUCCGCACCUUGUUUCUGUAGUUUUUCGUUUAAAAAUAAAAACAAAAAUGACAAACUA